GUGCGGUGGAUCGGUGGAUCUGUGGAUUAAUACUUCCGUACUCAGAUGCACGGCUUCGGAUCAAUUUUAUAACCGGUUACCGAAAAAAAAAAAAAAGUAUAUAACUGUUGGGGAGAUCAGAUUUUUUCAAAAGGAAAAAAAAGCACUACCUUUCGUUUGACAACUGUAACUGAUGGACCUUGUAUAUCUAUAUUUUCAUUAUUACCCCAACGCACCUGUGGCUUAUGUUGCAUUGGCAAUAUUCGCAAUUAUUGACAUCUACUUGAUCUUACGUAUCAUUACACAAAAAGCACCAUCAUUCAUGUUCAAAUUGAUUAUAUUGGCAACUGUCGAAACUUUGGGAUUUGUUAUUCGAAUACUUUGUAUCAAGACUGAUGUUACAUUUGCAAAGUUUUUGAUCAUGAAUAUAUUCAUGCUUCUUGCACCCAACAUCUUAGCUAUUGUCAAUUACAACACUAUAGCACAUAUUCUUACUUUGGCGAAUAUCGAAACAGAUAAAAUUUACCUCAAAUCCAAGCCCAUCACCAUCUUUUUCAUUGCUUGUACUAUUACAUCCUCUAUGUUUCAAGCUGUUGGCGGAAGUAUCCAGGCUUUGGCUCAGUAUAGAGUCAUCGGACCCAAAUUGGCUAUCACAGGUCUAUCAUUGCAAUUGUCGAUUUUCGUUUUGUUCACUGUUCUGGCCACUUAUGUUUACCGCAAAAACUCAAUUCAGUAUUACGUCAAAGGUGUAGAUAAUCCAAAGAAAAAAGUAAUUACUCGCAUUUAUAUUGUGUUGGCUUUAAUGGCCAUUCGCGUUAUAUAUCGAUUGGCUCAGUUUGCCACGGGCGGUACUGGAAUAAUCGCUACACAUGAAUGGGCCUUAUAUGUUUUUGAUCCUUUAAUUGUGGCCACUUGCUUUUUAAUUUUUUCAACAUUUAAUACAUGCUUCCCGAAGAGAGACGAGGAAGAUGUCUGUACAUUGGAGGACCUAGAGAUUGGAAAAGAAGUUUCCAGUGUUGUUGAUAUUAAAUAAUUCGGCUCUCUCUGAACAAAAAAAAAAAAAAGAUAUUUAAUACGUAUUGCCAGUUACAUUUUAUAAUUUAAUAAUAAAACCCCCCUCAUAGAAC